AUGGCCAGACUCACCGAGGGCGAGGCGAGGAGGCAGCCACCGCCGCUCCCAUCAGCGCCGCAGCCGCCGCGCCCGCCGCGCCGAGGCUCCCCCAUGAGCAGCAGCGGCGGCGCGGAGCCCUCCGCGCAGCCCGACAGCAUGAAAGACCUGGAUGCCAUCAAGCUCUUCGUGGGGCAGAUCCCGCGCAACCUGGAGGAGAAGGACCUCAAGCCGCUCUUUGAGCAGUUCGGCAAGAUCUACGAGCUCACCGUGCUCAAGGACCGCUACACCGGCAUGCACAAGGGUUGUGCAUUCCUCACCUACUGUGCCAGAGACUCUGCCAUCAAAGCCCAGACAGCACUGCAUGAACAGAAGACUUUGCCAGGGAUGGCGCGCCCGAUUCAAGUGAAACCUGCGGACAGCGAGAGCCGUGGAGGUAGGGACAGGAAGCUCUUUGUGGGCAUGUUAAAUAAGCAGCAAUCUGAGGAUGAUGUGCUCCGGCUCUUUGAACCAUUUGGGGUCAUUGAUGAAUGUACGGUGCUCCGUGGACCUGAUGGUAACAGCAAAGGCUGUGCUUUUGUAAAGUUCUCAUCUCACACAGAGGCUCAGGCAGCAAUCCACGCACUCCAUGGCAGCCAGACAAUGCCCGGUGCCUCCUCCAGUCUAGUGGUGAAGUUUGCUGACACAGAUAAGGAGAGGACCCUCCGUCGUAUGCAGCAAAUGGUGGGGCAGCUGGGGAUAUUCACUCCAUCUCUCACCUUGCCGUUCAGCCCAUACAGCGCCUAUGCGCAGGCUCUGAUGCAGCAGCAGACGACGGUUCUCUCCACCUCCCAUGGCAGUUACCUGAGCCCAGGCGUCGCCUUCUCUCCUUGCCACAUCCAACAGAUCGGUGCUGUGAGUCUCAACGGGCUGCCAGCCACUCCACUUGCACCAACGUCAGGUCUACAUUCACCACCUCUCCUGGGAACAGCAGCCAUGCCAGGGCUGGUAGCACCCAUUUCAAAUGGAUUCACUGGAGUGGUACCAUUCCCAAAUGGGCAUCCAACCUUGGAAACAGUUUACACCAAUGGCCUUGUGCCGUACUCAGCCCAGAGCCCUUCAGUAGCAGAGUCUUUGCAUCCAGCUUUCACAGGAGUUCAGCAAUAUGCAGCUGUAUAUCCAACCACCACCAUCACCCCCAUUGCUCAGACCGUCCCUCAGCCACCUCCCAUUCUGCAGCAGCAGCAACGAGAAGGUCCUGAAGGCUGCAAUCUUUUCAUCUACCAUCUCCCUCAGGAGUUUGGAGACAAUGAAUUGAUGCAGAUGUUCCUGCCCUUUGGCAAUAUAAUUUCUUCCAAGGUAUUCAUGGAUCGUGCCACCAACCAGAGCAAGUGUUUUGGUUUUGUAAGCUUUGACAACCCAUCCAGUGCACAGACUGCUAUCCAGGCCAUGAAUGGCUUCCAGGUUGGCAUGAAACGUUUGAAGGUCCAGUUAAAAAGACCCAAGGAUGCUAACCAUCCCUACUGACAGCAGUGAGCAAGCAGGAGUCACUUCUGCAGCACAGGUGAAGGGAAAGUCCAGAGGAAGAAUUUCUGCUUCAGGUUGAUUUACAGAGUGGCCAGUAAAUUUAUCAACUCUUUUGACACCACCCCUUUCCUUCCUCUGCUCCCCACCUACCCACUCCAUCCUCCUUCUGCUCUCCUCCCCAAAACAUGAAAUUAAAGAGAAGGCUCAGUAUCUGCCCAGCAGGAAGAUUCUUGCCACGAUGGACUCAUAUAUUUGCUGCUAAUGUGAUGCAUAGAAAAGGGACCAGAAAACCAGCAGCCCCUGGGGACCUGAAGCUUUUUCUCUUGGGGUAUGCCUGGAGUACAUGGACCAAGAAAACCCACUGGUGUGUUCUCUAGGUUACUGCAGUGAUGUAUGGAAACUUAGCUCUGUCCUUCCCUCUGUCCCUUCCUUCUGCCCUGUCUCCUGGACUUUACAUAGAUAAAUAUAAAUAUAUAUACAGUCUCUAUUUUUUUUUAAGUGGCUCACAGGACCAAACUUUUCCAUUCAGAGACUGACUCCUUGCAAGAGGGACUGGAAGUUAAGGGUUUACACUUGCAAUAAUGUCUUCUCAGCAAGCAUUGCAGAUAGGCCUGAACAUUUUGAGAGGAUGCUUGGAUGGACAAAGAGCAAGGGAGAGUGUGCAUCUCUCUGCUCAACAUUAGCAAGAAGCAAGGAGAAAGAGACCUACAUACCUCCAGAAUUAGGGCACAGCCAGCUGUUCAGCUCAAGUCACUCAUCCACCAACCUCAGCCCCAGCCUGGCUAAGGAUCUCAAGAGCUCUCAAUCUUAACUUUUCCAAGGGCUUCUGCAGACAAAGCUCUUGGAAUUUGGUGCCAAAGCCUAGCCUGAACACUCCUCAAUUAGGCUGAAAGCACAGGAAACCAAUCCCUUUAUCUACAGGAACUGUAUGCCUCCCCACACUUGGCACAGAUCUGUUUCAUAGCUCUUUAUGGUAAUGGAGCAUUUCUUGAUCAAGACAAAGUAUGAGAAAGUGAACAGAUGCAAACUCCAAAACAAAGUGACAGAAGCCUCCCAGGGGCAAUGCACUGCCUCCCUAUGUCAGAAGUAGCCUAAAACCGGUUAGUGGGCAGUUCCAGUUCCCAGACAAAAGGGGACAUUUUCUCCAUCUGAAUUUAACAAGAGGACUUGCCUCCUACACCCUCUGCAAAGCUUUCCAAAGCAGACACAAGGACAGUAUGAUGAAAGAGCACUGUCAUUUUGUUCUUUCCUCACCACCCCCUCCAAGGGACAGAUUAUGCUUUUAUGCAGCAUAUAUAGAUACAGCUAUUAUACACAUACACGUAAGCACAGAACAUAGUUCAAAGCUUGAACCAUUCUCUUUUAAGUUUCUACCAAAAUAAGGAAUGGAAGGAAAAAUAACAACAACAACAAAAAACAACCUACCCCCUCACAAACCUUCUGCAUUAUUAGUUACAAUAUUCCAGGGUUUGAGAUGGUACCAAGAACAUUCCCCGUGUGUGUGUGUGUGUGAGAGAAAUGUGAACAGAGGGGUUGGUGGGGAAAAGUUGAUGCAACUGAUACUAAAUCCCAGAUAUGGGGAUUUGAAAGAACCUCAGCCAAUUCUGAUCCUUCUCCAGUUUCCCUUUGUUCAGAUGUUUGUGGCACAGUUCAAGUACCAUCACACCUCAACCUCCCCUCUGUAUCUGAUAGAGUACAUGAGAGAAGAAUGACUGUGCAAGUCUGUGUGUUUCUAUAGUCCAUGUUUACUUACUGUAAAUACCAUUUUUAUACUUAACAUCUAUUAUGUAUGUGAUUUGUAUAAUGUACUUUAUUUCUGCUACAAGUAAUUUCAUGAAGUUUAAACUUAUUCUAAUUUUGAACAAAACAAAACAAAAAAAAGGACCAACAAAGGUAAAGUGGUAAACAAAGGACUUUGGAAAUUGUAGGUCAAGCUGGUUUAAACAAGCAUUUACAGUUUCUUCCAUCACAGUUACUGAUGUGACUGUACAAUGUCACAGGUGCAAUAUAAGCUUCAUUAAUGUCGAGUUCUUCACUCUGGUUAAAAAAAAAAUAAAUCUUAAAUUUAUUUAAUAAAAAGUUUACUUGCUGAGUAA